AUAUAAGAAGAAGCUAGAGAAGAAGAGUUCAUUCAGGAAGCUCUGUUAAUAAAAUUCUAGUUCAAUAUAUAUUAAGCCCAUGAGAAGGAGAUGAGUAUCCCAGAUUACAUGCAGUGUGCUGAGGACCAUCAGACGGUCUUGGUGGUGGUCCAACCAGUGGGCAUCGUCCCUGAGGACGAGUUCUUCAGGAUCUACAAACGCAUUGCCUCUGUGGCCCAGGUGUCCAUCCGGGACUCCCAGAGGAACCUCUAUAUCCGUUACCGUCACCACUACCUCCCUGAGAACAACGAGUGGGGAGACUUCCAGACACACCGCAAGGUGGUGGGCCUCAUCUCUGUGACGACCUGUGGUUCGGCUAAAGAGUGGCCCCAAACGUCGGACCGUUUCCAUUGCCAGAAGGAUGUGUUCGGAGCCACGCUGUACGACUCACGGCUCCUGGUGUUCGGGUUGCAGGGGGAGAUAGCAGAGCAGCAGAGGACGGAUGUGGCUUUCUACCCUAGCUAUGAUGACUGUCCCGAUGUGGAGAAGAGGGUGGAGGACUUUGUGGAGUCCAUCUUCAUUGUGCUGGAGUCCAAGAGGCUGGAUAGAGCCACAGACAAGUCUGGGGAUAAGAUACCACUGCUUUGUGUUCCCUUUGAGAAGAAAGACUUUUUGGGGCUGGACACUGAUAGCAGGCACUAUAAGAAGCGUUGCCAGGGCCGUAUGAGGAAGCACGUUGGGGACCUGUGUUUGCAGGCAGGCAUGUUGCAGGAUGCCCUGGUUCACUAUCACAUGGCAGUGGAGCUGCUCUGCUCCGUCAAUGACUUCCUGUGGCUCGGGGCUGCGUUAGAGGGCUUGUGUUCAGCCUCUGUUAUCUUCCACUACCCUGGAGAAACAGCAGGGAAGGCUUCUGGACGCGAACCCAGCCUGGCACAUGGCCAGGGCCAAGCAGCCGACGCAGGGAAGAGACACCGGCCAGGGGCGCAGGAGGUACUCAUAGACCCAGAUGCACUCACAGCCAAUGGGAUCAGUGCAGACACCAGCAGGGAAAUCGGCCGGGCCAAGAACUGCCUGGGUCCCGAAGACAUCAUAGAGAAAUACAAGGAGGCCAUCUCCUACUAUGACAAGUAUAAGAAUGCAGGUGUGAUAGAGCUGGAGGCGUGUGUGAAGGCAGUCAGGGUGCUAGCCAUUCAGAAGAGGGCCAUGGAGGCCUCAGAGUUCCUCCAGAAUGCUGUCUACAUCAACCUGGGACAGCUGUCUGAGGAAGAGAAGAUCCAGCGUUACAGCAUCCUCUCUGAGCUCUACCACCUGAUUGGUUUCCACCGUAAGUCAGCCUUCUUCAAGCGGGUAGCAGCCAUGCAGUGUGUGGCCCCCACCAUCCCAGAGCCUGACUGGAGGGCCUGCUACAAGCUGCUGCUGGAGACCCUGCCUGGAUACAGCCUCUGCCUCGACCCCAAAGACUUCAGCAAAGGUUCCCACCGUGGCUGGGCGGCGGUACAGGUGCGUCUGCUCCAUGAGCUGGUGUACGUAUCACGUCGUAUGGGAAACUCCGGCCUGUCUGUCCGCCACCACUCCUUCCUGCUCCAGACCAUGCUGGACUGGCUCUCAGAUCAAGAGAAGGUGACUCAGAGUCUGGAGAACUACACGUCUAAAUGUCCUGGAGGAGUGGAGGUUCUCACCCUGCCUGAUGGACUCAAACUGCCCCCAGUACCGUUAAGCAAGCUACCCAUCGUCAGAUCAGUGAAGCUGCUGGAUCUGCCCGUCAGCCUGCGCCCCCACAAGCAGAAAGACCUUCUGGAAAACAACAUGUCCUCCAAGAGUCCCUUCAUCUACUCUCCCAUCAUCAUGCACACCAGAGGAGAGGAGCGCACCAAGAAGAUAGAGUUCUGGUGGGUCCAGGGAGAUGUGUGUGAGGUCCAGCUGAUGGUCUACAACCCCAUGCCCUUUGAACUCCGCGUGGAGCACAUGGGCCUGGUUUGCUUGACGUCGGGCGUGGAGUUUGAGGCCCUGCCUGCUGCCCUGUCUCUCCCUGCGGAGUCUGGGCUCUACCCCGUCACCCUGGUGGGGGUCCCACGCACCGCAGGCAACAUCAACGUCAACGGCUACCACACAUCAGUGUUUGGUGUGACCAGUGACUGUCUCCUGGACGGUCUACCCAGUGUGAGGACCAGUGGCUGUGUGGUGGAGGUCAUUCCAUCACUACCCCGUCUCCAGCUCAGCACCUCUCUACCACGGUCAGCCCACCCCCUCCGGCCCUCUAAAGAGGAGUUGUCCAGCAGUGUGUCUGUCCAGCUCUUUAAUGGAGAGAUCCAGCAGCUGACCAUCACUCUGGAGAACAUUGGCUCUGAAGACCUGAAGACACUGGAGGUCACCUCCAAGACCUGCAAUACUAAAGAGAAGCUGUUUGGAGAGAUCCUGAGCUGGGACCUAGAGGAGGCUGUGUCUCAGCUGCCUCUGAAGCCAGGCCAGUCUGUCACCCUCACUGUUAACGUCAAAGUCAGACUGGACUUCUCUGGAGGAGCGAACCUGCUACAGGACCUCAACGACGAUGGGAUCAGUGUGACAGGCCUUCCCAUCUCCAGCCCCCUGAGACAAGUCCUCAAACCCCGGGCCGAGACCAAGCCCCUGGGCAGCGAGUCCAGCAAGACAGACUACAACCACGUCAAGAAGAACUAUCUUGACAAGGACCAAACGGUCCCGUUCACAGAUGGUCCGGACAUUUUUGUCCCUAAGCGAACCCGUCAGUGCCACCUGCUGCUGGACGUGUUCAACUCAACAGAACAUGAGCUGAUGGUCAGCGCCAACAACAACCAGGACCUGGUGCUGCACCCCUCAGAGUGUCAGAGGAUGGCGAUCCAGGUGGCUAAGUUCGACUUUCACACGUUGCCCCAGCCGGACCAGGAGGCCGUUCGCUACACCAACCCCAAACUAUUGGAGGAGGAGAGGCUUCACGCCCAGGCCUCCAUGAUCAGCAGCACCCUGGGCAUCACCUGGAACAUCCCUUCUGUGUGUCGCCAGGGAGAGGCCAGUGUGGAGGGAGUUCUCAACCAGUUGGUCCUCGAGCACAUGCAGCUGGCACCUCUACAGUGGGACGUGGUGGUGAACGGGAAACCGUGUGACUGUGACAUCAUCGCUGACUGUAAGGUGGGCGACGCUGUGCCAUUGGAGGUGAAACUGACCAAUCGUAGUAAGAAUGUGGUCGGACCGUUCGCCCUGACUGUGGUUCCCUUCCAGGACUACCAGAACGGAGUUCAGAACUAUGACCUGCAGGACGCAGUCACCUUCAUAGGAUCUAACACCUUCUACAUAGACAUGGUGAAGCCCACAGAGAACUCUGUGUGUAUGGGCGCCCUCCUGUUCCUCUACACUGGAGACUUCUACCUCAACAUCAAGUUCCAGGAUGACAGUGCUGGGCAGGGAAAGGAGCUGCCCCCAUCCUGGUUCGGCCUGCCCAGCGUGCACAUCAAAGCCCUGGAGGCGCCUAUCGAGGCUGGGGCAUAGAGCCUGGCACUCUUUACAUGAAUAUCAAAUGUAUUUUUCCAGAUUUCUUGCGUCAUUCUCCUCGGAAAAUAUAGGUUUGCCCACUUUCUGAACAUCACUGAAGGCAUGGAUGGAUGGGUAGAUGGAUGGGUAGAUGGAUGGGUAGAUGGAUCACUCGAGGAGAGUACAGUGGGAUGAGGACACAGCGGACUAAAUAUUCUAGCAGUUAGCUGAUGUCACUCAAUAAUUUGCAGUAACUCGGUUUGAGGUAUUUUUGUGUACUCUAUGUUAAAGCAUGAAGGAUACAGUAGGUCUUACUGGAUUUGGAAAUCACCUUUUGAAUCAUUUUAUGAAUUUCAGCACCAUGAAAUCAGUCAUCGACAUGUAUCAGCCAUGAUGGAGGUUUUGUGGAAAGAUCAUAAGGUUUCCCGCUUUUCACUCAACUUACCAGGGAUGUAGAGCAUCAUACCAUCCUGUUGGGCUCCAAAUGGCAGUGGUGGAAAAGUACCCACAUGUCAUACUGUAGUAAAAGUAAAGAUACCUUAAUAGAAAAUGACUCGAGUAAAAGUGAAAAUCCCCCAGUAAAAUAUUACUUGAGUAAUAGUAUUUGGUCUUAAAUAUAAUUAAGUAUUAAAAGUAAAUGUGAUUCCUAAAAUAUACUUAAGUAUUGAUAGUAAAAAUCAUUUAACAAUCUCUAUAUUGCAAACCAGGCGGCACCAUUUUCAGACAUAAUUUACAAACAAAGCAUGUGUGUUUAGUGAGUCUGCCAGAUCAGAGGCAGUAGGGCUACCAGGGAUGUUCUCUUGAUAAGUGCGUGAUUUUGACCAUUUUUC